AUGUCGAGUCCACCCCAAUAUACUACCGCUGACGCAGGCGUUUGCGGCACAGACGCAAUUUUCCCUCACCUCGUCUCCUCCGAUUCCCUUUUUCAAGAUAUCACUUGUGUCUCCUAUCAUCUUCCUCUCCUCUUGAAUAUGCACCUUCGCUUCUUUACGUUCAUUGCUUCUUGUCUCUCUGCUGCUCGUGCUUUCAGUGUGACAGUCGGGACUCCUACUGAAUGUGAACCUCUCAGCAUUUCAUGGACUGGCGGGCAAGCACCAUUUGAAAUACUCUUAGCUCCUUCUGACCAAAUAUAUCAGAAUAUAUCAGUUCCUGCAUCGACCUUCAGCAAUGGAGAAGGCUCUUAUUCAAUACCGCAAUUGAUGUUGUCGUCGACAACGUCGUUUGUACUCACUAUGUCUGACGCCACUGGAUUUGGUUCGGGUGGGACGACAAACAAAUUAACUGUUGGGAAUUCAGCUGCAAAUAACGAUUGCGGCGCUACAGAUCCAAAACCUCCUUACACGUUCGAUUUGUCUCCGCUGAUGCAAUGCAGUCCAUUUACCCUUACAGCCAAUAGUGGUGUAUUCCCGCCUAUUACUGUUGUGCAACUUAUUCCUGGUGGAGAAUCAGUCGUAUCCAAUUCCGAUGGCAACAUUUUUAGCUCGACUUUAGAUGUCAGCGCAGGGACAAGCCUGCUGUAUUUGGUCUACGACUCCUUGGGAAACCAAGGUGGGGUCUCUCCGUACGAGGUGGUCUCAGGGUCGAGUGAUUCCUCGUGCCUAAGCGCCAACUCGCCGUCAUCCACUCCAAGUAUGCCGGCCACGGCUUCACCACCAUCUAGUUCAAGCAGUUCAUCGAGCAGUCCAUCAAGUAGUUCUUCAAGCAACCAUGUUGCUAUUAUUGCAGGCGCAGCGGGCGGCGGUGGGGCUGUCCUUGUUGCGUUAUUCAUUCUCGGCAUAUGCUUGCGGCGUAAACGGAAGGCAUCUCGUUUGCCGGACGUUCGAUCUUCUACAAAAAGCCAUCCACGUCGACUGCACCAUACAGAUCCAAAUUACAAAGCCAGCCCCCACCCACCACAAUCCCCUUCCCUAUAUAAGACAAACACUCCCAGCAACCGUACCCGGCCCAUUCAUCCUGGCCUAGGAACCCAGUCAGAGAUGACCAAUUCGUCUACCAGCACCUUCGCAGUUAGCGCCCCUCCCUCAUCAUUCAACCAGAAACAACAUUCACGCCAGAACUCCAACACAGAUUCUUCUGCCCACGGGGAUACUCAAAGUUCGACUGCGUCAUUCGCUAACAGCCACCAAUUACCCCCGUCCACCAGAAACUUCACACCCAACGAUCCUCGCACACUGUUCAAUCAGACACCGCAUUCACGCCAGACCUCAGCUACGUCAUCUGUUGAUGGGCGAAUGGCUAGUGUCGCUGAACUGCCAUCACCGUGGGAGACCGAUCCUGUUAGCUACCUUGGUCUAUCCAUUCAAUCCGGAUCCCAACAGAGUCCUAUUAAUGCGUCUGCCACCAACAUGGCGACUGGGGACCAUCACGCACCCUUCAAUCAGAAACAGCCUUCGCACAUGAGCCCUAACACAGAAUUUGCUGUCUAUGGAGACGCUCAGAUGUCAGGUACGACACCCGUCGAGCAUAUGGCUGCGGGGGCACGACCAGCAUCACCAUUACCACGGAAGACAGACCCUGUCUACUUUGCUCCACCCGUUCAAGUCGUAUCUCAAUCAACUUUCACCUCUGCCGGCAACGUCGCAGUUAAGAACCCUCCCGCACCCUCCAAUAAGGCACAAAGUCCCGGUCAGAACCCUGGUACAGACAGGUUAGAUGUGCACGGAGCAUCUAAAAGUCUGUCUGUGCCAUCGGCUAACGCCCAAGCGACCUACCAACCUCCUACCCGAAUCAUCGUUCAUACCGACGCUAAUGAUGUUGUGCCAGACGAAAAUGGUGUAGUUGAACUUCCGCCGCAGUAUUCAGAGCAUUGGGAAAUGCGUGCUCACUAA